AUGGCCGAUAACACACGUAUGAAGGAACUGCAGAAUGAUAUGAAAAAGAUGAACGACUUUACAGAGAGUACCAAGGGGCGACUUGAUCGUAUAGAGGAACGGUUCGACCAAACUGAUGCGAGAUUUGAUCAAAUAGAAGGACGCUUCAAUCAAUUGGAGGCGAUGCUGCAGUCGGUAGUUAGGGCGGUGUCUGGUCUAUCGACGCGUCCUGAAGCGAUACCAGAAGUCUCUUUCUCGGGGACGUCAGAACAAACCGGAAACUACAACACACCGUACCAUAAGACGCUGAAGUUGGAUUUCCCGAGGUUUGAUGGCCAUGACGCACUGAACUGGAUAUAUAGAGCUGAACAGUAUUUUAAAUACUUUGGUGUACCGGACCCACAACGCCUGGUGAUCGCCUCUGUUCAUAUGGAUGGUGACGUUCUUCCGUGGUACCAAAUGUUAGAAAAGGCUGGACGAGUGCCCGAUUGGGCAGCAUUGGUGAAGGCAAUCGAGCUACAGUAUGGACCAUCUAAGUUUGACUGUGCCAGAUCACAGUUAUUUAAGCUCACUCAAGCAGAGGUUAGCGGUGUACUGGAGGCGUAUAACUCCAAGUUCAUGACGUUGGCUAACCGAACUGAAGACAUACCGGAGGCAGCGUUGCUAGACUGCUAUUUGGGUGGUUUAAAUCCAGACCUGAAGAGGAAUGUGUUAGUCCAACGUCCUACGAAUGUGCUAAGUGCUAUGGCUUUAGCACGAUUAUUCGCAGAUGCCACCGGCUCAGGGAUUUCUGUUCCAGCGACCGAGUCAAAAUCGCGGCCCCACACCUCGACAGGCACCAUGAUGUCUCCGAAGGCCAUAAUACCGUAUUCAGGGCCCCAUACCAACGCUGCCACUUCACAGACUAGUGGAAGUAAAGCUAACCUACCGCCGUUAUUGCCUAAACCGAAUAUACCGCCCAUUAAAAGGAUGACCGCGGCGGAGAUGCAGGUUAGACGCGAGAAGGGCCUUUGCUACACCUGUGACGCCAAAUUCUCGCCAGCUCAUCGGUGCCCCAAUAGACAGUUGAUGAUGCUUCUUCAUGACGAUGACGAGGACGUUCCCGGCAUAGAAGAGGUCGAGUUAAAAGAACCAGAGAUGACGAUACACCAUUUAUCUCUCCAUGCACUGAGAGGCACACAGGGGCCAGCCACCAUCCGGUUUAAUGGAGAAAUUGAGGGAACAAAAGUGCAGAUUCUGUUGGAUGGGGGGAGUUCGGACAAUUUCUUACACCCCAGGAUUGUGCGUCAUUUAAAAAUUCCAGUAGAACUGACACCGGAAGUUAAAGUUCUGGGAGGAACCGGACGCAUUUUGACUAGCUCUGAAUUGGUGAAUGACACCCCUGUUCAAAUCAAUGGGCAUAUUUUACACAUGUCCUGUUUUGUUCUUCCUGUGGCCGGAGUUGACAUGGUAAUUGGUGCAGAUUGGUUAGAGACAUUGGGCCCACAUGUGGCAGACUAUAGUACUUCCACAAUCAAAUUUCUACUGGGGGAUCAGUUCAUUACGUUGAAAGGAUACAGAGGGCCCGUUGCGAACCAAGCCCAAUGUCAUCAUUUGAUUAGAUUAACUAAUACAGAAGCCAUUGCAGAAUUGUACAUGCUACACCCGAUAAUGGAUGAACCUCCUCUGGAAACAAUACCCAGUGACAUGAAGGAGGUAAUAGCAAAAUAUAGCGAUGUAUUUGCAGUUCCGCAUGGUCUCCCACCUGAACGAAGCCGUGAGCAUAGCAUCGAUUUACUCCCUGGAACUGGCCCUGUAAAAGUGAGACCAUACCGAUAUCCAGUGAGCCAGAAAGAUGAGAUUGAGAGGAUGGUUGAUGAAUUACUAUCUGAAGGACUAAUUCAACCGAGCGUCAGCCCGUUCUCAGCACCGGUCAUACUGGUCAAAAAGAAAGAUGGCACUUGGCGUUUCUGUGUUGACUACCGUGCACUAAACUCAGUCACAGUGAAGGAUGCCUUCCCUAUGCCUACAGUCGACGAAUUAUUGGAUGAACUCCAUGGGUCAAAUUUUUAUUCCAAGCUGGAUCUACGGUCUGGGUAUCACCAAAUUCUGAUGAAAGCAACUGACAGAGAGAAAACGGCGUUUAGAACUCACCUCGGCCUCUACGAAUGGUUGGUCAUGCCAUUCGGUUUAACCAAUGCACCGGCCACCUUUCAGGCAUUGAUGAACACUAUAUUCCGACCAUUCCUCCGUCGAUUUGUUCUGAUUUUUUUUGAUGAUAUACUCAUUUAUAGUGACUCUUGGGAAUCGCAUUUACGACAUGUAGAGUUAGUCUUGCAGUCUCUAGCUCAAAACCGGUUAUUCGCUAAGAUGAGCAAGUGUUCCUUCGGGCGCCGUCGGAUAGAUAGAAUAUUUGGGGCAUAUAAUUUCACAGGUAGGGGUUGA